AUGGAACAAGAGUACCUGACUCCCGAAGAGCGACGCUUAAUCGAUUGGCAUUUAGCCAAUUUGGAAUUCGCCAAUGCUACAGAGCUUAAUCAGCUGUCUCUUCUCCACUGGGACCAAGACGACCAAUUUGAGUUGACAGGAGAACACUGCGUGUUGCAGGCUGGCUACUCUCGUCUGCCUGACGCUUUGGUGUGCCCAUCGCCGACAGCCAUUUCGCCAGUAGCGUGUGGAAGCACUGGCCCGAGUGCCAGCGCUAUAACAUUCCAUAAUACGUCAGCCAAUUCUACGAGUUCCACAGCGGGAUCAGGCUCUGGGGCAACAUCUACGUACGAGCAGACGAGUUCUGUCCAGCACCCGAACACCGGAGGGGUUGUCAAGAAGAUCGAGCAAGUGGCUUCAGCCUCUUCCUCAUUUUCCUCUUCAGCCACUAACUCUGUCGAUUUCUCCCUUACUGGUGCUACUUCAGCGGGCCUUGACUCAUCAACAGCCCUCACCAGAGGUGGAUGUGGUCAUGUUGAGCUAAAAACCUCUGCCAAGCUGAUUGAAUACGAUGAACAAGGUGGGGGUAUAUGCUAA